UCUCCAUGCAGCCCUCCCCACUCUGUAAUCUCAUACAAUAAGUUCACGCGAGACUUUGUUUCUGGGUCAGACGUGUAUUCGCAACUGUCAGGAGGACGCACUCAGCGCGCAUCAUGCAGGUCUGCUCUGAAGGUUGGCUCUUGGACUUAAGAAUGUACGGAUCCGUUCGGGUGUUGUUGAAGGUGCUGUGGGCCCAGCUACUCUGUGGGUGGGUACUGGGCUCCGAGCUAACUUUUGAGCUGCCGGAUAACGCUAAGCAAUGUUUCUACGAGGACAUCAUCAUCGGCACUAAGUGUACACUUGAGUUUCAGGUGGUGACUGGGGGACAUUAUGAUGUGGACUGUCGUUUGGAGGAUCCAGAGGGAACCACACUGUAUAAGGAAAUGAAGAAGCAAUACGACAGCUUCACCUUUGCAGCAGCCAAGAAUGGCACCUACAAGUUCUGCUUCAGUAAUGAGUUCUCCACCUUCACACACAAGACUGUUUACUUUGACUUCCAGGUUGGCGAUGACCCUCCACUCUUCCCCAAUGAAAACAGAGUCACUGCUCUUACCCAGAUGGAAUCAGCCUGCGUGUCCAUCCACGAGGCCCUGAAGUCUGUUAUUGACUACCAAACACACUUCCGCCUCCGCGAGGCCCAGGGACGCAGCCGGGCAGAGGACCUCAACACCCGGGUUGCAUUCUGGUCCAUUGGAGAAGCAAUCAUCCUGUUGGUUGUCAGCAUCAGUCAGGUGGUCCUGCUCAGAAGCUUCUUCUCGGACAAGAAAACCACUACGACACGGGUCGGAUCCUAACAGUCUCUGAACCCUGGGAUCUGAUUUGUUACUAUCUCUAUUGUAACAGGGCUUAUUUGCAUAAAGGGGAGUCAUAAUACCAGCGCUGAUCUGAAAAUGAUCGAACUGCCAGAUCAUACAAUCUGACAUGUCAUAUCCAUACCACACUGGUAUUUUCAUUGCCUUUAUGCAAAUCAGUCCUGAGCAAGGUGUUUAUGUUAAAAUUGUUAUUGAGGGGUAAAGCAGAAACCUUGAAGAGACACUUGCUUGCUUUGCUUGUAACUAUUGGAGGACAGAUCAAGCAGUUGGUUGUAUAGUCAAAGCCACCCUUAAAUACUUUAAAUAUUUGAAUUAAUUUCUAAAUGUGUUCUUAUUUUAUUUGUGUCUUUUUUGUACCCCUAAUUAGUUAAUGGUUCAGCCUAAACUUUGCUCUGAUGUAUCCCAAAGAGUGGAAGUUUUGUGUAAAAGCUUUGAGGAUUUUCUGUCCUUAUCUGUGGAGCAUUGGGUCAUCGUACAACCCAGGCAUCAAAGGAUUGUUUUCAUAGUACAUUUGCAUUUGGUUAUGAAAAAUCUGUUUCAUUUUUCCUUUGUUAUUAAACUUUACUGUAGGGGAGAAAGACUUGAUAAUGUGUGUGCUUUAUCGCCUUUGUCAGUUUAGAUAAUAUAGAGUAUGCUGUACAGUUUGAGCCAUCUUUACUCUUAUUGUAAUUUGAUGCAUUUUCUUUGAAUUUAAUGAUUGGAUUUAGAGAUGCAGGUCUUCAAACUGAAACGCUGCAUAAUUUACUAAAUGAAUUUAAAUCAGUUAUGGGUUGAAACUAAAUUAUACUUGAAAGUGGUUAAGAUAGGAAGAUACUUCAUUAUGUGCAAAAGACAAGAAAGAUAAGUACAUGCUAGGGUAGGAAAUGGUACAUUCUGUGCAGUCGAUUUUAAUGCAAGCAAUGACUUGUGUACGAAUUUAUUAUAAAAGCAUUCUUUUACUGCUUCUUGGCUGUGUUUAAUCUAUUUCUACCGUGUGUGUGCCACAUCUUAUUUAUCUUUUAGCCAGAUGUUGUACUCUUGGUUUUAAAUAGAACUGCUGUAAAAUUCAUGUUUGCAAAAUAUUGCGUGGAUAUAAAAUGAUUUUCAUCUCUCUGA